CCGCGAUUGGUGGCCUUUCCCUAGCAACGCUGCCGGCGGCCUGGCCAAUGGGCGGCGACGUUAUUGGUGCCAGGGCCGCGCUGUGAUGGAGGUGCCGGCGGCUUCUGGUGGUUAUGUCGGGGAGGUGAAGCAGCAGCUGCGGGACGGUUUUGGUCUGUAUAUUUAUCCAAACAGCUUUUUUCAGUAUGAGGGAGAAUGGAAAAAAGGGAAAAAGCAUGGUAUUGGGAAGUUUCUCAUGAAGGAUGGCAGUUUCUAUGAGGGGGAGUUUGUGAAUGGAGAAAUAGAAGGGAAUGGUAUCCGGUACUGGGCCGCCUCAGGGAAUGAGUAUUGUGGACAGUUCUCACAGGGAGAGAUCCAUGGAUAUGGAGUGAUGAAGUACCUUGAUGGUGCCCGGUAUGAAGGGGAGUUUCAAUACGGUGCCCGAGCAGGACAUGGAGCAGUGAUAGAUAAUGAGGGCCAGGUGUACCGAGGCUCCUUCCACAACAAUAAGAAACAAGGAGAAGGAGAGAUGUUUUAUAAGAAUGGGGAGCACUACCAGGGAGAUUGGGUCCUGGACCGGCGGCAGGGCCAUGGCAUUCUGCAGUAUGCAGACGAUUCCCUUUACGAGGGACAGUGGAGAAAUGACCUGUUUAAUGGACAAGGCUCCAUGAUUCAUUGCAGUGGAGUCACUUAUGAUGGAAUGUGGAUCAAUGGUCGCCCGGCCGCUGAAGCCAGUAAGCUGGUGAUCCUCGGUGAUGAAAUACAGGAGGUGGUGCAGGGUUCUCCUUUUAAGAUUGAAGUUCAACUCCAAAACAAUGAAGGGGAGCUUAUGAAAGCUGAAAAUGGGCGAGUGUUGCAGAUCUGGGCAGGAGUCAAACACAUUACGCUCUCCCCAAAUAGCAGCAACACCUUCCUAGAGAUGGUGGACCUGGAAGAAUCACUUUUUGAAACACCAUUUGGUUUCAAUGCCAUCCGCUAUCCCCUGAUGGAAUAUGUGCCAGAACCUGACAAGCUGAAGGUUAGCAGUGCUGAAUCAAGUAACACAAUCGAUUCAUUGAACGCCAAAGACAGCAAUGUGAAUGAAGCUAAACUGGACUUACUUUCAUUAACUGGAAACAUGCGUGGUUCAUUACAGGGUACACCGGAUCCCUCACCUGUCAACAAAAAGGGAACAAACAAGCAGGCGGAAGGUCUUUAUGCUGGUGCCUCCCUUAGAGCUCAUAGUCAAAACUGGAUGUGGAAGAUUUCCAUUGUGGUUCUGGUGGAUAUCAAAAAUCCCAUGACACUACUUGAAAAAGAUAAAGGAUCUCUACCAGCGUCCUUACAAAUAGUCCCACAGCCAACCCUACCACAAAACUGGGAAUUGGUAAAUGAUCUCAUUGCUGUUAGUGAGGCCCUGAUCGGCGCAAAAUGGCUGCCAUGUCUACCUGAUUAA